AUGAAGGCGACGAAGCUGUUGACGGUAGCUUCUAACUAUGCUACGUUUAACACGGCGUGUCUCGGCCAAUAUGUCCUUGCGAAGAUCAAGUCUCCACCGGUCCCACCAGGAGGCCAACAAUUGAGCAGUCGGUUUAUCCGAGAAGUCAGUGGUGGAAGUGCUGUCAGCAAAAAGGCUCGCCUCUUGAAGAGCGCGUUCGACUAG